AUGGAGGAGCGACGAGGGACUUGUCCUCCCUCGCCACUUCUGCUCGUGACGCUGCUGAUGCUGCUGAACCCCUCUCUUGCCAUGGUUCCAACGCUGGAAGGGCCACCAGGAGUGGACAUGAAGAACUACAUCUAUGCGGGGGAUACAGUGACAGUGGGAGGAGUUCAAGCUUAUGACGCUGACUCCAAUGCAACAGCAGCAGGCACCAUUGCCUUCGACAACUCUGUUGUCGUCUGUCAGUUUCUGUAUGGCUCAGGCGCAACCACAGCAACGACGUCUUGCAACAUGUCAUUCACAAUGUGGCGAGUCGAUUACAUGACGAAUAGAACGAUGAUUAACUUCACAAUCUAUCAUCCUAUGCACGGCAGCUUUGAGAAUUACAUCAACCCAUACUACAUGGCUUGCGUGCAGGUUGCGGACCUUGCUGCCCCCACUGUCCGGUCAGACAGACUCUGUUACUAUUACUACAUACAGUUGCCGCCAUUCUACGUGCCUGCAUGUCCUCCUUUCUCUUCAUAUUGCUACUUGGACAAUGCAUUGCAGCUACAGACGUAUCUCGGGGUGGGGCAGUACCUGGAUAAGAGGGUUUAUUUCAAGGACAACAAUGCUAUCGGCAUCACUGCAGACCCAAGGAUGGACUCAGUGCAAAUAGAUCUUGUCUCAGAUCCCGGAUAUCCAAACUCCAUGAACAUCGACAAUCUGAGAGGAGGUCUGAAUGAUAUUCUCACUGCCAGUGUCUUCACAAACCUCAUCUCGGUACGCUUCGAUAGCCUGUCGAAUCCCGGAUAUAGUCAAUAUUUCUUCAGUAGAGGGGUAAAGUUCACUCCGGAUUUGAGUCAGGCUGGAUUGAAGUACCGUUUCUGCUUCACAGCAAGAGAGAUUCACUCGUCAACAUUCUACAUCAACAAUGUUUCUGCUUCCAAUCAGACCAAUCUGACAUGCUUCGCGAUGGAGGUUGUUCUGCCAAAUAUUCAGGUGCAGGGCUCGGUUGUUACCAAUGGUACCAUGGAUAAUCCAACGUAUUUGGAUCUGACGGUGGGAUGUGAUUAUUCUUGGAACUUCACCUCCUGGGAAGCAAGAGAUUUUCCAUCGACUGCAAGCUCCAUCGACUACAUGGGGUUCCAGCAAGGCCUGUACAAACCGCAUGCCAUCGUAGAUCAAUCCAACCCGCUUCCACCAGGCGCCACCCUUUCAAGCAGAGAAGCUGUCAAAGUCUGCUGGGACCGAACUCUUGCUUGUACAUCUCCCACUUAUGAGAUUUCAAGACAAGAAAUUCGCUACACCCCGACGAGGGGGCAGCAAUCUUUACAGAUGAAGGCUUGUUUGGUUUUUCAGGACCAAACGUACCCCAAUUUGCAAAUGCGAGUUUUUUGCACUAUCUUCCGUGUGAAUAAGUGCAAGGUUUGUAUCAGGACCGAUGAAACUUUGCUCAAAAUUGCUCACGAUUACCGUAUCGAUUGGCUACAACUGUGGAGCGCAAAUAUUCAGAUUCAAAACCCAUACGCGUUGGGUACUAGUGGAGUCUUGCUCUUCGGGCCUACAUUCCCCAUCAUUCAAAACACAAGCAUCGCUGAUGCUGCACUGAGAUUUCGAACUCCCGAGCGAUCGCUGCGAAGUAUGAAUCCAGAAUUGUUGACGGAUUGGAUUCCUCCAGGCACCAUUCUUUGCGUCGUUCCAGACAUUUGUCAAACGAUGAGCCAAAUGUGA